AUGCAUCUGAAUACUGACCAAAAAUGGACCCUGGCCACUAUUGCCGGCUCUCUGGUGGGUAUCAUUCUGCUCGCAUUGGCCGGCUUGGUGAUCUAUAAUGCUAUGCUGAGUCUACUUCUCAAAUACCGCAACCCCCACAUCAAGCCCUUUAAGCCGAACAGUCCGGAGGAGAUGCGUGCGGCACUUGAGAUGGUUCGUCCAUCUGGUCAGGAUGCUGCGGAGGCCGGGCUCUCCAGAAUGGUCAGGAAGCUAUCCAUGAUACAGCGGGUCAAGAGGCUGAUGGGCUGGAAUAAGGGAGAUACCGACGAAUAUGCAACUUGA